AUGCCUCGUGUAAAAGUAGAACGGUGUUAUGUUAUAAAAGACGAAUCUUACGCUAUUUCUGUCGUGAUUUCACAGUUCGUUCAAACAUUUGGACAUAAGGCGUCACGUGAGACUCGGCGGCCGGUAUCAGUCAGUGGGGCAACAGCCCCCGGGGACCGGUAUGAAGAGAGGAUACCGCAUGGACCGCCCUCCUCUCCUGGAGCUGUGGCUGCACAGCGGCGGGUGGCAGCCGCCUGCCUCGCCAGCAGACGACUUCUGGAGGAAAUCCUGGCUAAAUCUGGUACUCCCCCAACAGUAGUCUUACCUCCCGGUGGUGGUUACUGGGCGGAUGGCGUUGACGACAAUCCCUCAGAUGAAGACAACGAGCCCCGUCCCCAACCGGGAACACCUCAGCAGGUGUCCAGACGGCCCAACAUAGACACUGACGACACUGCCAAGUACUACAGGCGGUUCUUUCUAGGAAAGGAACACAUCAACUUGGUCGGUUUUGACGCAAGCCUGGGGCCAGUAGUGAUGUCCUUGAAAAACGAACACAUGGCUGGUCAGGAUCACACCAGGAUACUUUUGCGACUGCGUACCGAAACUAUGCAUGGCCUUAUACCUAUUACAAAUGCUGGCAACCUACCCCCACCGCUCAGAAUGGCGAAAAUGCUGAACGAACAAGUGAAUGUAGACAACUUCACAGCUAUCAUGUGUCUGAAUGCGUCGUCUAUGAUAGCCGCAUAUGAUGAACACGUUUUAGUGAACACUUUUAAGUUCGGCGUUUUAUACCAAAAGUACGGACAAACGACUGAGGAGGAUUUAUUCGGGAAUAAUGACACGUCGCCGGUGUUUGAUGAGUUUUUGGAUAUGUUGGGACAGAGGAUUAAGUUGAAGGAUCACAAAGGUUACCGAGGUGGUCUAGACAUAAUGAACGGGCACACAGGUACAGAGGCGGUAUAUGAAAGGUUCUACGAUCGAGAGAUCAUGUUUCAUGUAGCGCCGCUGUUGCCGCACACCGCGGGCGAUGCGCAGCAAUUACAAAGGAAACGACAUGUUGGAAAUGACAUUGUCGCUAUUGUAUUUCAGGAAAGAUCAACCCCGUUCACACCUGAUAUGAUCGCUUCACACUUCUUACACGCAUUCAUCGUGGUCACGCCCAUCGAAGUCGAAGGGGAGACCAGGUACAAAGUGGGCGUCACAGCUCGUGGGGACGUACCAUUCUUCGGACCGACUCUCCCGCAGCCUUCAAUAUUCCGCAAAGGCCGCGAAUUCAAAGACUUUCUCCUCACCAAGUUAAUAAACGCUGAAAACGCAUGCUACAAAGCAAAGAAAUUCGCCGAACUCGAGCAACGAACCCGUAUGUCGUUACUCCAGUCGUUGGCUGAAAAGUUGAGAGAUAAGACUGUUGAGUUCCUUGGUACGGGGGCGCGAUGUGAUAUAGGAGCGGUUUCACCACAGCCUGAGGGAACGCCGAAGCAAGACGGACCGGCUACCAAGAUAUUUGAUACAGUUCGAAAAGUCAUAUAUAAUUCGAAAAUGAGAUCACCAAGUGUAGACACGAAUCUGUCCAGCGAUAGUAAUAAAAAUAAUGCGUGCAAGAGAGUUUUAGCGCAUGAAAUACCAACUCCAAAUAGCGGACGAUCAAAGACGUCUAUACCAUCCUCAUCAGCCAGUGCAGUGUCAGUCCGGUCAGCGGGCGGUUCCGGUUCCGGCGAGUCCAGCCCGGAUGUGACGUCACGAGCGGCUGCGCCACGCCCUCCGCUACAUGAUCAUAGCGACGACUCCAGCCUAAAUUCUGUCGAUCUUGAUCCACUUGAUGACAAGGACUGGUUCAGUUAUGGUAAAAAUAUAACAGGCGGCGUUUACGUGGAUAGUGACACUGGCUUAGAAUCCAUGUCUUCAGCUGAAGCAGGCGCUGCCAAUAACAGAGAGGCCAUGGUACCUCCGAGAGACGCAGAUCAGUUACGACAGGAGGUCUGCCGGCUUAAAAACGACAAAUUGGACCUUUUAAAACAGAAUAUUACAUGGCAAAACGAAAUUAAAUCACUGCGUGAACGAGUGAUGACUCUACAGGCCGAGUUAGCUACGGUGGGCAAAGAACGGAGACGAGAAGCCACCAUUAUACCCAAUACUACUCAUGAUUCCACCGCUUAA